AUGGUGCCGUCGGACAGCGCAGCCAAGGAGGACGGAGGCGAGCUCAGGAUGAAGCAGCAGGCCGUUGAGUACGUUCCUGCGCUGUACAAGAUCUUCGACGAGAUCAUCGUCAAUGCAGUGGACAACAAGGUGCGCGACCCGAGCAUGCGGCACUUGGACGUGGUCAUUGAGCCUGGCAACAAGGCCAAUGGAUACAGGCCGUGGAUCUCGGUGUACAACGACGGCAAAGGUAUCCCCGUCAAGUUCCACAAGACCGAGAAGGUGUACGUGCCCGAGUUGGUAUUGGGACACUUGCUCACGGGAUCCAAUUUCGACGAUACGGCUGCGAGAUUGACCGGUGGAAGACACGGAUAUGGCGCCAAGCUGACGAAUAUCUUCAGUACCGAGUUUGUGGUCGAGACGGGGGAUACUUCCACUGGUUUGCGGUACAAACAGGUCUGGCACGACAAUAUGCGCACGCGUGGAGAACCGGAGAUCACCGAGUUCACUGGAAAAGAGGCCAAAGAUUUCACGAAAGUUUCGUUCUCGCCUGACCUGGAGAGAUUUGAGAUGGAGAAGCUGACCGCGAGCAUGGCCCGUGUGCUGAAGAAGCGCGUGUACGAUGUAGCGGGAUGUUUGUCGGAUGUGGAAGUUACUCUGAACGGUAAGAAGGUGCCGAUUUCUGGGUUUGAGUCGUAUAUCAAGGCUUUCUGUCAUUCCACUACGACGUCUCCUGCUUCGAAGGCGACAAAGUCAAACGCAGCAUCGAAAGACAGCGACAGCAAGGCUUCUUCUGGCGCGGACUACAUGUAUUCCCGGGUGAAUAAGCGGUGGGAAAUUGGUGUGUUGCCGUCCGAUGUGGGUUUUGUCCAGGUGAGUUUCGUGAAUGGCAUGUCGGCUCUGCGUGGUGGCUCCCACGUUGGUUACGUGAGCGACCAGAUCUGCCGCCGUGUUGCAGAGCACGUCAACAAAAAGUAUCCGGAGCUCUCGGUCAGCACUGCGCAGGUGAAGCCACACAUGGCGAUCUUCAUCAACUGCCAGAUUGAGAACCCGACCUUCGACUCACAGAUGAAGGAGUACAUGUCCUCACGACCGCCUACGUACGGCUCUACGUGCGCACUCUCCGAAAGGCUGCUGAAGCUCGUGAUCUCAGACUCUGGUAUUGUGGAGCGCGUUGUGCAGAGUGCGCGCGCUCGUCAGCGUGCUGCAUUGCUCAAGAAGGUGUCGUCCACGCGCGCUAAAAGCACUUCAGUGAAUGUGCCCAAGCUCGAGGACGCCAAUCUCGCCGGUGGACCUCGCUCAAGUGAAUGCUCGCUUAUCUUGACCGAGGGUGAUUCAGCUAAGGCACUAGCAGUGGCUGGACUUGCAGUUGUUGGACGGGACCAAUAUGGCGUGUUUCCUCUUCGCGGAAAACUGUUGAAUGUGCGUGAUGCAACUGUCGCGCAGCUCGGUAAGAACGCCGAGUUCGCUCAUCUGUGUACGAUUCUUGGUCUUCGCAUGGAUGAGCACUAUGGCACGGAGGAGGCUCGCCAGAAGUUACGCUACGGACGUGUGAUUGCCAUGACGGACCAGGACCACGAUGGUUCGCACAUUAAAGGCUUGCUGUUCAACCUCUUCCAUACGUUCUGGCCUGAGCUGCUGAAGGAGGGUGGCUUUAUCAGCGAGUUCAUCACCCCCAUCAUCAAGGUGAGUCCGACCUCUAAGCGCGUGGGCACUGAGCGCGGCCUAGAGACCCGCCGCUUCUUCAGUCUGCCCGAGUAUUUCGAGUGGAAGGCUGCACUCGACCCGGCCGAUCUCAAGUACUACACCAUCAAGUACUACAAGGGUCUGGGUACAAGCACGAGCGCUGAAGGACGCGAAUACUUCAGCGACCUGGACAACCACCUCGUGGAUUUCCACUGGAGCGGCGACAGUGACGGCGAUGCUUUGGACAUGGUAUUCAGUAAAGCGCGUGCGGCAGACCGUAAGGCUUGGCUGUUAAACGAAUACUCGCCCGACUCUUACCUCGACACAAGCUCGGGCGACGUGACGUACCGUGACUUCGUGAACCGUGAGCUCAUCCAGUUCUCGCACGCUGAUAACGCGCGAUCGCUGCCGUCGGUGGUCGACGGACUCAAAAUCUCACAGCGCAAGGUGCUCUUCGCCUGUCUGAAGCGCAAGCUAACGAGUGAGGUGAAGGUGGCGCAACUUGCAGGUUACUGUAGUGAACACACGGCCUACCACCACGGCGAGGCUUCGCUGCACUCGACGAUUGUGAACAUGGCGCAGGAUUUCGUGGGCUCCAACAACCUCCCGCUGCUGUACCCGUCCGGUCAGUUUGGUACUCGACUGCAGGGAGGCAAGGACGCCGCUAGUCCUCGUUACAUCUUCACGCUGCUUCAGAAGCACACGCGCCUGGUGUUCCCUGAGGAAGAUGACGCGCUGUUGCGCUACGCUGACGACGAUGGUUUCCCAGUUGAGCCUGUGUACUACGUGCCUAUCAUCCCGAUGUUGCUCGUUAAUGGCGCGGAGGGUAUCGGUACAGGUUGGUCUUCAUCCAUCCCUUGCCACCACCCAGUAGUGGUGAUCGACAACCUGUUGAGGCUCCUUGAUGCAGAGGAGGCUGGAGAUGAUCAGUCGAAGGUGGAGCUGGCGUCCAUGACGCCGUGGACCAAGGGCUUCAGUGGAGACAUUCGCCAAACAGGAAAGCACUCGUUCGUGUCUCGCGGAAAUGUCCAGCAAGUGAACACCUCGACACUGCGCGUUACGGAGCUGCCAGUAGGCAAGUGGGUGGAGGACUACAAAAAGUUCCUGUGGGACCUGGUGGGCAAGAAGGCUAUCCGGUCCUUCUCGGAGCACCACUCGGAUCGCGACGUGCGCUUCGACAUCUCGAUGACCCGCUCGGAUCUUGCUAAGUACGCGGAGGACGGCGCGAAGGAGGAAGAUAGCGGGGAUGCCGGCGACAGUGAGGCCUUGGUGAAGGUGCUGCGCCUUGAAGCGCCUCUGAGCACCAGCAACAUGCACGCGUUCAACGCAGAUGGACAGCUGGUCAAGUACGAGACGAGCGAGGACAUUCUGCGCGACUUCUACGGUAUCCGACGGGAGCUGUACUCGAAGCGCAAGCAGCACCUGGAGCAGCACCAAACGAAAGAGGUUCUUCGCCUGAGCAACCGCAUCCGCUUCAUCCAGGAGGUGUCCUUCGGCGAGCUGCAGAAGGUCCUCAAGGACCGUAUCCCUAAGGCCGAGCUGGUGCAGCUGUUGAAGGAGCACGGGUUCUCUCCGGCGUCGGCUUUCAAGGAGGAGGCGAUUGACCACGUCGGGGACCUCGGCUUGGCUGCCGUGGGCCGCGUCCAGGACGACGCAGUCGCCGAAGCUGACGGAAGCGACGACUACGACUACCUGCUGAACACGUCGCUCAUGAGCUUCACCAAGGAGUUCACUGACCGUCUGCAGAAGGAGCACGACACCAAGCAGGAGAAGCUGCAGCAGUUGCAGGCCACGACCCCGGCUCAACUCUGGCGCAGCGAGCUGGAGCGCCUGCGUGCCGUCCUGAGCCACUUUCCAAGCGAGAACUCACCGAAGCACCGCAAGAGCCAGGUAAGAUCACCGAGUCACGCGUUUGGAGCCAUGGCUAAGCACGGUGCAGAGGUGGUGAUCGUGCCGCGCAACUUUAAGCUGCUGGAGGAGCUGGAGAACAGCGAGAAGGGCCAUGGCGACAUGAGCAUCUCGUACGGACUAGAGCAGGCAGACGACAUUUUCCUCACAAACUGGAUCGGCACCAUCCUCGGCCCUGCUGGCACGUGCCACGACGGCCGCAUCUACAGCCUGCGGAUCCACUGCAGCGACCAGUACCCCCACAUGCCGCCUGAGGUGCACUUCACGAGCCGCAUCAACAUGAGCUGCGUGGACCCCCAGUCGGGCCGCGUGGACCCGCGACGACUGGCGGCGCUGGGCAGCUGGCACCGCAACAACGGCAUUGAAAACGUGUUGGUGGCCAUCCGCGCCGAGAUGGCUUCGCCCACCAACCGACGCCUGCCGCAGCCGCCUGAGGGCACCAACUUUUAGAAGCGUGUCGCUGGCCAGAGGCGAGACUCCUUGCGGUUGACACCUGGGAGGAGAUCAGGGGAAGAGAGACGAUGAAGGGAAUCAGGAGAGAGAAGAGAGAGCGCUCCGGUCACUCAAGUAAUGCCUAAUGCAUGAUAAUACUGCAUACUUGGCUGAUGCUGGAGGCAAG